ACGCAAGAAUGCCUUGCGAUAAAUUGAUUCCCCGUCUUGCUAGCUCACUCCUGUAAACAUGAUGCGGUCUGGUACGAAAUCCGCCUGCUUGGCAUUGGUCUUCUUGGGUCUCAUGACCUUAGGCGACUCCAUCACCGACAGUCUUCUCCCCGCUCUCGCCGAUAACGCUCACACCCAAUCAGGUCAUUGGAACCUGGGGACUGCGGCUCUUGUGCUCAAAGGCGUCUCUGAUGUUAUAGGCCAAUUUGUGAUUGGCUAUGUUCUCAACACCAGGUCUAAGCAUCAUGCCAUGAAUCUUAACGCCACGAGUAUCCUUGUCGCCAGUCUCGUCACCUUGUUGAGCUUAUGCUAUGAACAACAAUGGCCUAUCUUGGUUGCUGUAGUGGGCCCUCUAGUAAGAUGUAUCGGAGGAGGGUCUCAUGCCUCAGCAUUUCUCAUACUCUCUAUACUCCAUGAUCAAGCCCCCACUCAUUACCGGUCUGUUCCCCCAUCCUUCACAUCCCGAUGGACAUGACUUAACACUAAUGGAAUGGGCUUUCAGGUUCGCAAGUUACUACUGCACAGGAGCUGUUUCAGUCGUAGCCCAGUCUCUAGGUCCAUUCUUUGCCUCUAAACUCGCCGAUUCCAGUCACCUCUUGCCUGGGAUACUGUCCGGAACCUGCUGCCUCAUUGGUUUUGGGAUUACUGAUUCAAUGAAGUCUGCGCCGUACGAGAGCAACAAUUCUAGUCAUGAUGAGUCCACUUCCUUGCUGCCUAAUCACCAACACGAUGUUGAGCCUAAGAGCCUCGACAUCUCGGUGACGGAGUACUUGUCUAAAUGCUUUGGCAAGAGGUCUCUGAUCAAAACUUCGAGUCUCAUAUUUCUGCCCCAAGUAUUUCUCCUCAUGGCUAUUUGCAAAUCAACUCGACCACUUUUCAAAGCAUACAUUCAGCAUCGAGAUGACGUUAGUCCUGCCGAGGCCGAAGCUUUGUGGCUUCUCCGCAGUGUCAUGAGCGUUGCUAUCUUUGGCAUCAUCCUACCAGGCAUUGUUCUGCGCACUGCACCGAGUGUCUCAUAUCCUAACAGUAUCAACCUUCACGCCGCCCAGAUCAGCGUUUUAUUUAUCUCCAUUGGUGCUUUCAUGAUAGGUCUAUCAGGGUCUCUGCGCUCCAUCACAGCAGCCCUUGUGGUAAAUACUCUCGGUGUUGCAACUGAUCUGAGCCUGCUUGCCUUUGCAUCGUGUGGCUUCAGCAGCUCCGAUGCAGGAACUGUCAUGAUGACUUUGGCAUCGAUCGAGAGCGCCGGAACAUUGCUCGGGAUUGGUGCUUUAUACCCGAUCUAUCAGUGGAGUAUUAACGAAGACCUACCAUUUCUGGUAGGAGGCGUUCCUUACUACAUAUGUGGGUCUCUUUACGCCGUCACUGCCGUAAUUGUGUGGUCUUCAAGAACGAGAAGCCAACCUACUGAGUCAUGAUCUGAAGGGAUCCAAUAAUCCUAUGCAAGCAAGGUCUUGAAGUUCAUCAUAAGAUAUUGAUCAGCGAGCUUUGCCAAUUACCUGGCAAACUAUCGGUACCGGAUUGCUCAGAAACCCCUAUCUCGGGGUAAAAAUAGUUAAACGGUUGAGUUAAGAGCAUGGUGGCUAAUCAUAAAUUCAGUGGCGUGAUGAGGCACCGACUGGGCAGGGUUCACAGGACUGCAGACCGCGGUACUUGAUCGCUCGUUUCCUUUUUCAUGUAAAAUUAGUCCGUAAGGAUACAGAAGCUGGCACCUAUUCUACUCGUCCAGUAUGAAGCCAUUUGCUAUAAGCAGUAUCAGGGGGUAGAUUAGCCGUCCUUGAAAAUCAACUAGCCGAAUCAUUUUGCUGCUACCGUGGACCUGACCUGAGAUAAUCUUUAGUAAACUGCCGGUCUUAGUGUAGUUCAGCUCUUCUCCAA